AGCUUUAAGCAAAGUGAAGCGCGCGCCGCCCCUCACCGAGCGCUCGGCUGUAUUCUGACAGGUUUCCAAAGCCAAGGGUGUUCGCGGUAGGUGUGUGUGCUCGAAGAACUCUGGUCUUCCUUUGAGUUUGGAAAAUAACCAACCCAUUAUUUCCUUGUACGGCCCCCAAGUCAUUCCUCCGGGACGGGAAUCUCGAGAAGCAAGCGCGGGCUCUUCAGGCGCUGCUUUUUAAUUGAUGAACUUCAGCGCCACUUGGGAUUUUUUCCUCAGACGCGACAAAGGCGAGUUGAAAGGGAUAUUGAUUUAGGAACCCGGGCACAGUGCAUUUGCAUCUAUCUUCAUCCAAGGUUUCAACACGCUCGAGCAGGACACUGUGCCACCACAGGUGUCGGGUCCGUCGGCUGCCCUAUUUACUCCUCCGUCUGGCUUUGUCGGUAAUCUGUAGAUGGAUUUUGCUUUCGGGAGGAGGAACAUGCUUUUGAGUUUAUGCACCUUGGCUGCUCUCGUGCUGGGACUAUCCCAGUGCCUUGCCUCGUACGUGCCCUGCGAACCGUGCGAUCAGAAAGCGCUCUCCAUGUGUCCUCCCGUGCCAGUGGGCUGCCAAGUAGUGAAAGAGCCGGGUUGCGGCUGCUGCUUGACCUGCGCGCUAAGUGAGGGGCAAACCUGUGGGGUCUACACGGGCACGUGCGGCAAAGGAUUGCGUUGUCUGCCGCGGAUCGGCGAGGAGAAGCCGCUUCACGCGCUCCUGCAUGGCAAGGGUGCCUGCAUGAAUGAGAAGACAUACAAACCACUUCUUUACACGUCUCGAGACCGGCAGCUGCAAGAGGAUGCCCAUGUUCCAGACGUGACUGAGCAUCUGCUUUCCCCCGGCAAGAUGCCUCUGUUCGCACAGGACCACAUCAACAACAAGAAGGCCCUGGCAGUUCACAAGGACAGGAUACGGGUAGGGGGAAGGCUAAAGACCCUGGGCAACUUGGACUACUCCCCCAAUGGUGCAGACAAGAACCAGCCUGAAACCGGGCCAUGCCGAAGGCAGCUGGAUGUGGUGAUUCAGAGGAUUAAGGACGCACCCAGAGUUUUGGCUCUGUCCCUCUAUCUGCCCAACUGCGACAAGAAAGGCUUCUUCAAACGCAAGCAGUGUAAGCCCUCCAGGGGGCGCAAGCGAGGCAUUUGCUGGUGCGUAGAUAAGUACGGGGAUCUGAUGCCAGGUUCCGAUUACACCCGAGGUGACAUCCAGUGCAAGGGCCUGGGAAGCAGCAACAACAACGAGUGAGGCUGCUCCAUCUCCAUCCCGAGAAGGAAAUUCCUGCCAUAUCCCAUAAACUGCCAAUCACCUAAAUAAUCACCUCUUCACCUGUGUUAGCUUGUCCUUCACCUAAGAAUGGGCAGAGUUUUUUUUUUAAGUCUAAAAUGUCAAUUUCUAUGCUCAUAUUGUGUGACAGCUCAAGUAUCACUUGUGAACCUUUGAUUCCUGUGGGACUCAGAUCUUGGCAGCAGACCGCCAUUAUAAUGUUCACAAGCUUACUGCACAACGUCUUUUUCUGAUAUAUUAUCAUACCAGGAGAAAAAUGGAAUUAUGGUUAGGUUUUCACUUCCUCUUAGUUUAAAAGCAAUAUUAUUGCCAGAUUGAAGGUCAUUGUGUCUGUCUGUGUUGCAGUACUUCUCCAUUGGCACUCUGCUCUUGUUUAGCACCCUGCGUACGUGUUUCAUAACUCAAAGUGUGAAUGAACAUCAUUGUUCUACCAUCAGCUCCACUUCUGCUUUAGUGAGUCUCGGCAGCUGCCGAUCACAGCAAGUAAGCUUAUCAUCUUGAAAUACUUUCUGGAUUUUUUGAGAAUAAUUUAAAUUUCCGAGUUAGGAGAGUCAGUUUUUGUGGAGAACAGGCAUACUCAUUUUCUCCAUCUUGGCAGAAGCUGGCACGAGCUCAUGGAGUAAGCUUUGAGUUUAAAACAUGCAAAAGUGUGGCAUAUUCCCGCCGCUUGACGGGAAGACGUAGCUGUUUGAAUACAGGAUGGGACCAAACCGCCUAGACCUUUCGCUCUCCUUGUCUGACGCUCCGAGGUCCUUGGGUUCUCGUGGAAAUCUCAGUGCCUUUUACAGCUUGAAUGGAUUUGAAUUCUGAUUUACAUCGAGACAACAGAGGAAAAAUACUCACGCUCAGAGUAGACUUCUGCUGUUCAUGUGUGCAUUCAAAUUCAGAGGGGCGUCAAAGGGAGGGAAUAUUUGUAUGAUAAAGAGCAGGUGUGAGGAGGAAUCUCCACAGUACUUUUGACACACAAAUGAUCAAUCCCACAAUCCUUUUAGUGAAUGUUUGGGGGGUUUUGUGUGUGUUAAAGUCUUUGUCAACUCUAUCACAUGUAUGACACAAAGUGGACAAAUUUCACACAUUACAAAAAAUAACUGAUCAAAGUUGUUAGCAACCAAAUGAAAUUGUGUAAUAAAUCUCCAUCCUCUGAUAUCAGCUGUUCUCACGGGUGUAAAUAUUACUUUUGAAAAGGACCCGUGUUUAUUUUUUCUUUACUAAAGCCAUUCUUGUCAAAGAUUUGGGCACUUUAAGCGGAUCAAAGGAAAUCCCUUCACUGAUGUUCAAUGUUUGGACGCAAGAUGGUCCCAGCCCGUGUGAGAGAAACUCACCGCAGCGGUUCAUCUGUAGCAUUUAUAAUAAUGUCUGUUCUGCACACCCCUGUCACAGGGUUUAUGUGGUGCCUAUUCUAAAAACGUCAGGCAAAAUGUUGAUAUUAACCCAAAUCAACUAUACUGUUGACUCCGUCUACGCACACGUACUGUGCAAUGUU